AUGACCACGCCUCGUCAGAUAGUCUCCGGCGAAAUGCCUUCCUUCCUCUCCUCAGCAGUGCCUUCCUACUCUGGUCGGUCACGAUCGUUGGCCCUCCCCUCCGCUUCACGACGAGGUUCAGCCAUUGCUACCGCAAUCGGGUUGCGCAAGAAAAGCGAAAUCGAUAUCGUCCUAGAUGGCGCGGCCGACUUUGUCCACUCCUACUCCACAUAUGACGAGAUCAAGGGUCGCGUGGACGUCAGGUUCGAGAAGGAUACUUCGUUCGACGACCUCAAUAUCACGUUCGAGGGCCAGAGUUGCACAUAUGUCGAAAAGAUCGCCACUGCCGCCCCCACAACUGGUCGCACGACAGGGAGACACACAUUCUUGAAAGUGCAGCAGCCAAUCUCCGAGAGCCUCUUGCCGGCAAACGGCACCUUCGAGGCUGGUGUCACCUAUUCCAUCCCUUUCACAUUUGUUGUCCCCGACAGAUUGCUCCCUUCCAUCUGCUCACACAAGGCCAACAAUGAAGAGAUCAGGAAACAACAUGUGCAGCUGCCUCCUAGCCUGGGCGACCCCAGCGUCUCCGGAGACGGCCAUACACUCAUGGACGACAUGGCACCAGAUAUGUCCAAGAUCACCUAUAGCAUUCGUGCCAGAAUCACAAAGUGGAACGCCGUUGGCAAGCUCCUGGAGUUGGCCGACAAGGCGGAGCGCAUCAGACUUGUCCCAGCGAGAGAAGAAGCGCCGCCGUUGAAUAUUGACGAGGCCGAGACGGAGCAUGUCAUGCGCAUGGAGAAGAGUGUCAGAAAGGGCCUGUUCAAGAUCGGCAAGGUGGGCCGUCUGACGGCCGAGACCACUCAACCCAGAAGCCUCCGUCUCCCACAUCCACAGAAGCGGCAGAUAGAGCCCGUCUCUUCGAUGGCGACCAUCCAUUUGCGCUUCGAUCCUGCCUCCCCCGACGACGUCCCUCCGCAGCUGGACUCGAUCGCCAGCAAACUGAAGGUUUACACAUUCUUCGGCGCUGCUCCGUAUAGACUCAUCCCAGAGGUUCGCAAGCACGACAACUGGUCUGUUCUGCACGGUAUCUACCCAGAAAGCGUCGCCUUAUCAUCACGCUGUCUAUCGACUGUUUCCUGGGUCCGCCACGAUUCUCCAGAACGUGGGAGCUUCUCUUCAUCAGAUCUCUCUAGACGACCGUCCGGGUACUCGACGACAUCGACAUCUUCGAUUCCUGAACCAUCGUGCGCCUAUGAAGCGGGCUCCCAUUUUUACACCGCCAGUCUACCGGUGCCGAUCGCACUUCCAAGUCCGUCCAGCAGCAGUCGACCAAGAGUAUUUGUGCCGACAUUCCAUUCUUGUAUUGUCUCAAGGACUUACUCUGUUGAACUGAAUAUCUCAUUCCGUACCCCAGGCGCCAACGUCUCAAGCAGCCAUAUUACCCUGAAGACCCCUAUUCAGAUCUCCGCUGAGGGUGGUACUCCGCCAGCCCAAGUCCAUGAAACUGAAGCAGUCCUAGCAGCGGAGAUCGAACAGCAAUUUGGCCUGUACGAAGCUCGCCAGCUCGAAGAAGCUGGCCUAGGUCUCGAAAGUCCUGUAUACGAAGAGCCUUCCGCAGCGACGCUUGUUCCAGGUACCAGACAUUUGAGUCUUAUAGACCAUUCCGAACCUGUACUGCACGCCGGCGUCGACACCGGUGCACCACCUGAAUACCGAGCAAGUUCCGGUUUCAACACGUACAGCGUUAGGGACAGGCCGGGAGGUCCUAGAACCCAAGCUGUGAGUCUCACUGCUUCCAAAGCAUAG